AUGCACUCGCCCAAGCGCUUGCGCCCCAACGUCGGGUCCGCCCUCCGCCAGGGCCCUCCAGGCCCCGACUUCGCCAAGGGUGUCAAGUAUUGGGACACGAUCGAGGCGAGCGUCGACGGUGUCCUCGGCGGCUUUGGAAACGGCCCAGUACCGCAUAUCGACCAGCUGAGCUCACGACUCUUCAUCCUCUCCCUCCUGCCGCAACUCGCGACCUUUGCGAACCCGCUCACGCCCGAACCACCUGCCCGCCCACCGUACCGCCUCACGGCCCUUGACGUCGGCGCGGGUAUAGGGCGCGUGACGAACACGGUCCUCCUCCCGCUGUUCGACGACGUCGUCCUCGCCGAGCCGGUCGCCCACUUCAUCGGCGAGGCGCACCGUGCCGCCAGCUCGGGGGAAUGGCGCGAGCUCCCACGCCUGAGCGGACGGGUCAGGGACGAGGCCGAGGCGAAGGAGGUGUCACGCAGGACGGCCGAGUGGAAGCGCUCGCGCGGCAAGCGCGUUUGGUUCGUCCAGGCUGGUCUGCAGAGCCUUGACCCCGCUUUCCCGGCUCGUGGGAACGCGACCGAGGGCCUCGUCGGCGAGGCACUCGAGGGCGAGGGCGUGUUUGGCGAGGGCGAGACUGCCGUCGAGUACGAUGUGGUGUGGUGCCAGUGGUGCUUGGGACACAUGUCGCAUGGCGAUCUCGUUGCGUUCCUGCGCCGCGCAAAGAAUGCUCUGCGCGCCCCAUCUAUCGAUAUGGAAGACGAGUACGCCGCGCCCCUCAUUGUCGUCAAGGAGAACUGCUGCGAGGACGGGCCGGACGGGCGCGCCAGCGAGUUCCUCGACGAGGAGGACUCGAGCCUCACUCGGUCGAACGGCAAGUGGCUCGAGGUCUUCCAUGAGGCCGGGCUGCAGGUCGUCAAGGAGGAGGUGCAGCAGGGGCUGCCUGACGAGCUGUUUGUCGUCAAGACCUGGGCGCUGCGGUAG